AUGAAGCCCUAUGAUGACACAACCGACCCGGACGAUCACAUAGCCUCGUAUAAACAACGGAUGUUCACUAUCUCCAUACCCCGCGCGCUGAGGGAAGCCUGCAUAUGUAAGAGUUUUGGUUCAAGCUUAGCCGGCCCAUCACUUCAGUGGUACACAAAUCUCCCAAACGGUUCCAUUGACUUAUUUGCACAACUCACUGACACCUUCGUGGAGCAGUUCGCUAGCAGUAAAAAGCUCAAGAAAUUGUCGGCUGAUCUAUACAGAGUAUACCAGAAAAGGGGAGAACCACUGAGAGAGUACGUCAGUAGAUUCAACAAGGAGAAAAUUUCCAUUCCUGCUUGCAACCCCGAGACAGCUGUAGAUGCAUUCAGGAAAGGCCUCCUCCCAGAUGGGGAAUUAUACAAAGAAUUGACGAAGCUUGGUUGCACAACGAUGGAAGACGCCCUGGCCAGAGCAGUGAUACAAAUAAGGUGGGAAGAAGAUGAGAUGAAUCAAGUAAUCCACGCCAGGUAUGACCCGAGGCAGACUGAUAGGAGGCCAGAUGCCAGACCGACCGAAACCCACUACCAACCCCCAGCGCAUCAUUUGAACAAAGUCAGGAAACCAUAUGACCGCCAGCCACAAUACGACCAUCAGCCACCCAGAACAGAUAACAGACAGAUUGUACCAAGCCGAUACAAGAUACCAGACUACAACCUGAAUGUCAAACCAGCCCAAGUGGUGGCGAUCAUGAAAGGAAUGGGAUCCAGUGUUAGGUGGUACAGUCAAUCCGCCCAGUUUCUCGGUCACACUCCCAUCAGGUAA